AUGAUACCCUGCUCCUUACUUCACAAGUGUUCAAAUUACAUCAGUGGAUCCCUGUCAAAUAUCAUAAAUACCUCAUUUCUAGAGGGAACAUUUCCAAACCAACUAAAACUUGAUAAAAUUAUAGCUCUCUACAAUAAGGGAGAAGUAACUAACACAGCAAACUAUAGGCCAGUUGCUAUACUAUCUGUCUUCUCAAAAAUAUUUGAAUACUCUAUGUCAAUUAGAAAUAUUUUUAAUUCUAACAACAUAAUCACUUCAUCCCAGUACGGAUUUCGGAAAAAUAUUUCCACCACACAUGCUUUGUAUGCAUUUCUAGAAAGUGCUCACGUUUCGUUGACCAUAAUCAACCUGCUGUUGGGACCUGUUCUUUUCAAAUUGUUCAUAAAUGAUCUCCCAGAACACAUACCAAAUGCCAGCUCCUAUCUGCAUGCUGGUAACACAAAUAUCCUGAUAACCAGUAGAGGUGACACAUCGCAAGAUGCAGUCAAUGAAACUACUUGUCAAUUAAAUCUGGUUUGA